UCAGGUACCGCACCCACAGCUUCACAGCUCCACAACCCCCGCGUUAAGAGAGCCCUCGUUCAUCACUGCCGCCGUGCGACCGUCUUCUCGACAGAGCCAGCUGCCGCCGCUUCUUCUUCUUCUCGGCAGGAGCCGUCGACACGCGCCACCAUCCAACAUGGGUCUGAAACAUCUUCAUAAUCAGAGCGACUAUGACGAGCUGAAGGGCUGUGCAGGGAGCCGUCUCAUCAUUCUGUUCUUCACGGCAACGUGGUGCGGCCCAUGCCAGCAAAUCAAACAACCAUACCACACGAUGGCCGAGAAGGAGGAGUACAACGCUGUGUUCUGCGAGAUCGAUGUGGACGAGGCCGGGGAUCUUUUGAGCAGCUUCGGCGUCACCUGCAUGCCAACAUUCGUGUUCGUCAAGGACGGGAUCCAGCUGGACAAACUGGAGGGUGCGAGCCUAGGAAACCUGAAAAAACGGAUAGAGAAGCACGAGUGAACACGGCACGUGGGAGCAAAGGGGUUCAGUCAGAGCACGGAAUGGAAAACAUGGCUAAAGUGUAAUCGUGGCACCGAAUGUGCAAGCAAAUGGGAUUCUCCCACUGUGAGCGCUUGAGAUUGUUUAGUUAUGGUUGCCACCUGUCCUGCUAUUGCUAGAAACAUCCUCUUUUUGAGAUAAUCAUCACUGGCAGUCUAUAAGUCUUCUUGGGACAUCACACGCUGUUCUCCUGUCUUUCGGUAUUGUGAGUUAUUCUUCUUCCCUUGACAUUUCCAGGUUUUUGUGGACCUCAAAGGUGGCAGACUCAAGCGGUAUUGGGUCCAGACCUAGGUGAAUUGGCAACAAUGACCCCCUCAAAAAAAGUUCAUCAUUUACCAUGAUUACAUUUGCAUUGAAUUAAACCUACGUCAUGCAUAUAAGUAUGUCCGUUUUGAAUGGCCUUGCACUGAAAUGAUUGCGUGAAUUUAUUUGGCGUUUUAACACGUAGUGCCGUUAAAAAACAUCCAUCACAUGUGUUUCUUAUAUCAACAUCAUCAUUGGUCACGUAAUUUAAAUGUCCAAGGAAUUCCCCAUGACGUUUGCAGGGAGCCCCCAAUGUUGCUUGAUGUGGUCCAGCCAAUAACGCAGUCAUCUCCGUGUCUGCUCUGAUUUCUAUUCGCUUCAUUGCUGUACUUUAUUUGACUGGGUUUUUGCUUCUGUCAUUGUUGGUAACUCCAAGUCACGCGUGCAAAAGAGAGACUCAUCUUGGUCUCUUGAGUUGUCUCCCAGUUCAACGAAAUAAACUUUAAACUUGGUAACAAGCUCA